AUGUUGCAUAACAACAAAAAAAAUCCUAGCCAAGUACUGGAUGAAGGAAACCCACGGAAGAGUAACGCCGGGGAAGUAGGUACCCAUUGCAAGGCACGGGAUAAGAAGGAAAACAUAAAAAAAUCGGGAGAAGGGUAUAUUACAAAGGUGGAAGGAAGAAAAGGAAGAGCAGAUUGUGAACCACAUGAAAUUAAGCGAAAUGUUGAAAGAGAUAAAGUACUAAUUGAGUGUGAAGAGUUGCAAAAAAAAGAACUGGAGGCGUUAAAACUGAUUUAUGUGCGGGACAGAGAGCUAGCCAUUCAAAAUGAGAAUGACGAAAAGAGGGACACAAUAAUACACAUGCAAUUGAAUGAUGAAAAUAUCAGUGACAAUGUGAUAAAUUUAACUUUCGAGUUACCCAAAGAUUAUCCUCUGAAAUCGUUUUUACUCGUUGAUAUAAAUGUAAAAAAUUUCACUGCAGACAUGAACAAUUAUGUCAACCAGGAAGUGUACAAAGAUAUGCCAAAUUAUAUAGCGCAUGAAAACAGCAUUUUAAGUAUCAUUUACCGAAUUAACGAGUUGGUGGAAAAUAUACAAAACAGGGAGAAGACUUCCGUGGAUCACAGUUAUUCCUCAUCAGAAGAAAAGGAAGAAAUCGUCGUAGAGGAAGGAGCAUUUGAUCCAUCCGAAGACCAACUUAUCAAAGACCACAUACCAUUUCCAUAUUGCAGCGGAAUGACUUAUUCUCACCACAGAAGGGUGUUAGCUAGACGCCUGUGUUACUCGCACCAUAUUCUUAGUUUAGUAAAAAGAACCUACAUAAUUAAAUGGGCGAGAGAUUUAAAAAUUGGGGGAUACUCAAAAAUAGGGUACCCCGGUAUAAUAAUAUGUGAAGGUCCCAAGGAAGAGGUCGAUUUUUAUAUUAACAGUUUGAAUAAACUGAGAUGGAAGCAUUUCGACUGUAGGGGCAUGGAUGAUAUUGUCUUGAAGGAGUAUGAGGACUUGGAUGAUGCGCGAGUUCUUCCAAGGACCAUGUACGAGCUCGAUCCAAAAGGGAUGAGCACCCUGUCUAAUAUAUGCACCGAAUGCGGCUUACGCGAUUUGUUCUUAACAAGCAUGAAGAUUUACCACACCGGGGAGAAGCGAUCAACGAAUGAGGGGGGAAAGGACACCGACAGCAAUAGCAAGGACAAAAAUAAGAAGAAGAAAAAGAAGAAAUGA